AUGCUGCCCCUCCUGCAGACACACCAUACGGUGCAACCCCAAUUCGACUUCUUCGGGUCUCAUCAACCCCAUCAUCUACGGUCAGACUAUGCGUAUCCUCAUCAUGCUCAUCAUUCAUUAAACCAGUCGAGUGCCCGUGCAGUCCCGACUCGCAGCAUUCCGUACGGCCACGGUUUGAGUCUGCACCGUUACAGCAACAGCCUUUCUAGGAUUGGCGCUCAAGAUCCGGCUGAGCACUCUCUGAGGCGUAAAACCCCCAGUGGGACCAUCGACAAUGGCUACGACGGGUCGCUGGGCAGCCUGGCCUCCGGGCCUCCUCCCUUGAAGCAUAUGAUCGUGCCUGCCUCGACGGCUAAUAUCUUCCCGACCGCUGUGGCUCAACGGGCUGCCCCUCCACAAACCACCGAGCAAUCCAUCGUGCAGAGGCAGCAGCAACAGGACUCGGCCCAAGCUGCUUGGCCUCAGCCCUUCGCGCAACCUCAGCCAGCUGCCAGAGUCGGCCACGGGAACGAAACUUUGAACGGUUCCGCGGCGAUGCCAAGGGCGUGGCCCGGAAGUGGUAUCAUGGACACAAGGCUGGCAAACAGCUCGGUGGGCUUCCUGCAGCAGCCCGGCUCCCGUCACAGCUUCCAUUCCGUCCCUGACAUGCAGACCUUGCUUGGACCGGGCUUCCAACAACCCUUGUCCCAACCGAUAUUCAAUCCGGCAGGCUGCCAGCAGCAGCCUGCCAACUGGAGAGAUAGCGGCUUCGGAUACCGGCCUGCCGUCCCUAUGCCAAAUGGUUUCGCUCCUCCGAACCCAGCCGACAGCGUCUUUAUGCCCGCACAGGCUCCUCCACUACCCGGUGGUCUGGUCAACCCACCGGGAUUGGGUCAACCUCAACAAUUUGGCAUUGUGAUGCCAAGCCACCCCCCCAUUGACGAUGGCUUCUCACGCUAUAACCAAAGCCACUUGGCUCAACAGAAUGUCGCACAGAACCAGCGGAUGCCCAUAUCAUUCGCUCAAAUCCAUUCUGGCGGGACUUAUCCUCAGGGAUAUGCAUCAGGGACUGUCGAACCGCAUUCCCCAGCUGGCUUCCGCGAACGAGUCCUCCAGCAAGCCCACAGGGCGUAUAGCGAGCUGUUGACAUACAUCAGUGCGAAGCGGUCGAAUCAAGCAGCACACGCCAGCUCUGUUGCUUCGAAGUCUCAGUCUAAGCUGAUGGUCUAUCCAAAGGCCUCCGCAGCUCCCGGAACUUUUGUAAGCCGACCACGGACUUAUGUUGCCCCGAGCAAUCAGGUCGCGAGCUAUGCGCAGCAAAUGGAAGUUCAGGCAUAUGCUGCUAGGCGCCAGUCCUGGGUGGAUAGUGCCAGUAAUAUGCUGUCUGGACAGGCUUCCUAUGGCAAUACAACGUCCUACAUUACUACAGCACAUCAGAUGCAAUUCCCUGAUGCCAGUUCGCCCGUUGCGAAUGCAAAGAGCUCUCUGGAGCUCAUCCACUCGCUUUGUGAGCAAAGUGGUUGGAAGUGGAUUGAAGGGAUGCUCCUGGGUGGCUGCUUGCAGUAUGGCUUAGAGCGUUAUGAACAAGCCCUGGAGUGGUUUAGGAGAAUUGUGAGCCUCGACCCAAGUCACGUCGAGGCCAUCUCCAACAUUGCGGCAACGCUUUACUGCAUGAAUAGAUUAGAUGAAGCAGAACAACAUUGGCUGCGAGCCAUCGAACUUCGUCCAAGCUACCUAGAAGCAGCGGAGCAUCUGGUAUCUAUCCUGUGCGCAGCGCAUAGAAACCACAACGCCAUCGAAAGGAUUGAGUAUGUUCAACGUCUCUUGCGGCUCCCAAGGCCGGAUGUCCCCGUCGACCAUUCUGUCGAGUCUGCCAGCGAAGCCGAUACUGCUUCUACCGUGACAGCUGCCGAGGAAGCUCCGGAUCAUUAUCUGCUAGAUUCCGACAAAACCGACAGUCCUGAGCAGCGCUUUGCCUUGACUGCUGAAGACAAGGCACCAGGCUUUGGUUCGAGUGGCUAUGCCAUUCCCGGGAGCGAGAACGGUCGGAUGUGCCUGCUUAUUCACACGAAAGGAAAUCUCUUGUAUGCGAUGAAGGACAUCAACCGUGCGUCGGAUGCUUUUGAAGAGGUGAUCCGGAUCAGUACUGGCGGAGUCCACGGAGUGAAAUCCCUGAUUAGGAAGAUUCAGAGCUCCCUGUCACCAUGCGACCCUCUGACCGGCCAGCUGCGGUCUUCGUCUCAAGGGGGCAUUAGUGCGCCGCUCCUGCUCCCGCCGAGCAAGGCCAAGAUGACGGCUCAACAUGUCUUUUCCUCUACCGGUGGCCAGCUGCCUGGCUUUCAAUACAUACCCGAAGGGCCACACAAGAGAUCAGCGGUGGCAACGACCAGUAACUCACUCUUAUCAUUGGCAAAGAUCUUCCAGGAUGCGAUGUCAAAUACUGGGCCCGCACCCACGCUCAACCGUCAGCCUGCAAGUGUCGGGGACAUCCUGGCCCUUUACUACCUCUCCAUGUCGCUUCAAGAGAGCCCCUCCACUGCGAACAACGUCGGCAUUUUGCUUGCGGGCAUUCAGCAAACGAUACCGCUCCAGCAACUUACCCCAGAUGAACUCAAGGUCUGCCAGACCAUUCAUGGAAUCGUCCCUGGAAGUGGUCUUCACCUUGCUCUAUGUUACUACAGCCAUGGUCUACAGCUCGAUAAGAACCAUGUGCAUCUCCACACGAAUCUCGGCAGCUUGCUCAAGGAUGUUGGGCACCUUGACAUGGCAAUCUCCAUGUACGAGAAGGCUGUCCAGUGCGAUGGAACCUUUGAUAUUGCCCUGACAAAUCUGGCAAACGCUGUGAAGGACAGAGGAAGGAUAGGCGAAGCAAUCAACUAUUAUAAGCGGGCUGUGGCUGCGAAUCCCGACUUUGCCGAGGCUAUUUGCGGCCUGUCAACUGCGCUUGGCUCUGUCUGCGACUGGAAGGGCCGUGGAGGUGUCUUACUUGAAGGUGGCAAAUAUGAUCGUUGGCAUGUCGACGACAAAGGCAUGCUACUGGAUGCUAGGAUUCAGGGACAGAGCAGCGGGCUGAUGAAGCGGGUCAUUGACACAGUUGCUCGUCAGCUGAGGGAAUCAUCGCUUUGGGGAUGCGGCUACCUGCAACAGCACACCAUUACGCAGCUGGCCGCGCAGCUCAGGGAGGCCGGUGCUCUCCUCACAGAUCCUGGACUGGACUUGGAGACUCGGCUGAAGGAAUGGGCUGGACGUCCGUACGAAGGCUAUCGGAUACUGCGUCUGGUUGAGCGUUCGACACGCGCGGCCAUGCGCUUGUGGUAUCUCGACAAGCUUAAUGGCGUAACAUCACACCCUGGAUACCGCCGACCCAAGCCCCCUGCCAACCUCCCUAUUCCAUCGGCCCCUACCGUCCUCCCUUUCCACACAUUUACCUGUCCCUUGCCGGCAAAGGAGGUCCGGAUGAUCUCCCAGAGGAAUGCAUGGAGGAUAUCCUUCUCCACGCUAAGGUCCCCAUGGAUACCAUCCGUUGUGUACGAGCCGCCAGAUCCGCCGAAUCCCCAUCUGAAUGUCGGAUAUGUAUCUUCGGACUUCAAUAACCACCCAUUAGCUCACUUGAUGCAAUCCGUCUUUGGCAUGCACAACCCCCGCCGCGUGAAGGCUUUUUGCUAUGCCACUUCACCAAGCGAUAACUCGAUACACCGCCAGCAGAUUGAGCGUGAAGCGCCAGUAUUCCGCGAUGUAAGCAGUUGGUCGUCAGAGCGUCUAGUCGAGCAGAUCGUCAAGGACAAGAUUCACAUCCUGGUAAACCUGAACGGGUACACUCGCGGCGCACGCAACGAGAUCUUUGCGGCCCGCCCAGCUCCGAUCCAAAUGUCUUUCAUGGGCUUUGCUGGCACGCUUGGAGCUGAAUGGUGUGACUAUCUGCUCGCUGACACGACGGCCGUUCCUCCCUCAACGCUACGCCCGCAUCGCAGCAACCUCAACCUUGAGGAUGUUUUCCGUGACGAGGCCGAUGCUGACACGGAGGGCUGGAUUUACUCGGAAAACCUCAUUUACUGCCGCGAGACGUUCUUCUGCUGCGACCAUGCCCAGAGCGCCGAUGGCUGUCGCAACCGCGACGCCACGUGGGAUCAGGAAGCCCUCGAACGCUGGAAGAUGCGCAAAAAACUGUUCCCUGAUCUGCCCGAUGAUGCUGUUAUCUUAGGGAACUUCAACCAACUGUACAAGAUCGACCCGACCACGUUCCGUACGUGGCUGCGCAUCCUGGCCGCUUGUCCCAAGGCUUAUCUAUGGCUUCUUCGCUUCCCAGACCUUGGCGAGAGGAACCUCAUGGAGACUGCUCGCGCCUGGUCAGGCAAUGCGGUGGCCUCUCGCAUCAGGUUCACCGAUGUGGCGCCGAAGCAGGAUCACAUUUCACGAGCCAAGGUCUGUGACCUGUUCCUCGAUACUCCAGAGUGCAACGCCCACACCACUGCUGCCGACGUGCUGUGGAGCAGCACCCCAUUGCUCACCCUGCCACGGUAUCCAUACAAGAUGUGCUCGCGCAUGGCCGCGUCUAUCUUGCGUGGGGCGCUGCCGCGCGGCCCGCUGGGGGACCAGGCUGCCCGCGAGUUGGUAUGUGCAGAUGAGAGGGAAUACGAGGAGCGCGCGGUUGCAUUGGCGAAUGGCAUGUCGUGGAAAAGGAUCUACUACGUAGACUCCAGCACGGGCGGCAGUAACUAUUACUGUGAACCUGUGGGCCGGCUGGGAGAACUCAGGAGGUUGUUGUUCGAAAGCAAGUGGAACUGUGCGCUGUUUGACACGCGCAGGUGGGUCAGGGAUCUAGAAGAAGCUUAUGAAAAGGCCUGGAGGAACUGGGUUGAGGGAAUUCCUGGGGAUAUUUGGCUUUGA